AUGGUUCUUGCCGUGUUGGCGCAGGCAGCUCCGUCUCAGCUCCCGCGAAUUAUCCGUCCGAAAAUCGAUAAGCUUUCCAUUCUGGGCGUCCGAUCUUUCGACAACACCCGAAGCGAGACUAUCCAAUUCCACACGCCGUUGACUUUGAUUGUAGGAUACAAUGGAUCGGGAAAGACUACAAUCAUUGAAUGCCUCAAAUAUGCGACGACCGGCGACUUACCACCCAACAGCAAGGGUGGCGCGUUCAUCCAUGACCCCAAGCUGUGUGGAGAGAAAGAGGUUCUUGCCCAGGUGAAAUUGGCAUUCAAAGCUACGUCCGGAGCGAAAAUGGUGGCGACCCGAAGCCUGCAACUCACCGUGAAGAAAACGACUCGACAACAAAAAACUCUCGAAGGCCAGCUCGUGAUGGUCAAAGAUGGAGAGCGAACGGCAAUUUCUUCUCGUGUUGCUGAACUCGAUCAGAUUAUGCCGCAAUACCUCGGUGUGUCGAAAGCGAUCCUCGACUCUGUGAUUUUCUGCCAUCAAGAUGAAAGUCUUUGGCCAAUGAGCGAACCCUCCGUACUCAAGAGGAAAUUUGACGAAAUUUUCGAGGCUAUGAAGUAUACGAAAGCAAUCGACAACAUCAAAGCAUUGAGGAAGAAGCAGAACGAAGAACUGGCCAAAUUUAAAAUCAUGGAACAGCAUUCAAAGGAAGACAAAGAUAAGGCAGAUCGCGCAGAGAAACGAUCGAUCAAAUUGCAAGAGGAAAUUGAAGCAUUGCGAGAGGAAACGCACCAGAUCUCCCAAGAAAUGCGAAAUGCCGCCGAAUUAGCAGAUAAAGCCUGGAAAGAGUCCGAAAGCUAUGCGCAGGUCAUCGGAACCCUCGAAGGAAAACGUAUUGAAGCAAGGAGUGUCCAGUCCACGAUCGACAAUUUGAAGCGACAUCUCGUCGAAAUUGAUGAGUCUGAUGAGUGGCUACAUUCCACUCUUGAGCAUUUUGAGUCCAAGCAGCUCGAAUACCAACAACAGGAAGACGCUCAAAAAGAAAGAUACAUGGACAUCAAGGAACAAAUUGAGUCAACCCGCGACCAGCUAGGAUUGAAACAGGCAGAAGUUGGCAAAAAUGAAAAUGACAAGGAUCAAUUUGAACGUCAAAUUGGACGUCGGGAAAACAUGAUCAAAGAGUUCGCACGAGAGAACAAUAUUCGUGGGUUCGACGAUUCUUUGGACGAGUUCAAGAUCGACGAGUUCAUGCAGAGAAUGCAAAGGAUGGUAAAAGAGCAUACUCAGGCAUUAGAGCGGGUCCGAAAGGAAGGACAAUCCGAAGUACGAGAGACUCAAAACAUUCUCAAUCAGAUUGCGCAGCGAAAGUCCGCCUUCCAAGAGGCCAAGAAUGUUGCGAGAAGACAGAUAUCCGACAACGACAGAGAAGCAGCAUCAGUACAAGCCCGUUUGAACGAAAUUGACGUAGACGAAGGUACGGUUGCUGUUCUCGAGUCGCAAAAGGAGGAGGUCCAAUCACGGCUUGAAAAACUGAAACAAGCUUCUCGUGGUGCAACAUGGGAUAAAGAUCUCCAAGAUGCCAACACUGAGCUUAGAUCCCUUGAGGACGAAAGCACCAAGCUCAAUCAAGAGCUUAUUGCAGGGACUAAAAAGGCUGGUGAUCUGGCUAGAUUCGCACAUAUAAAGAAGGAACUCAAAGAUCGCGAGCGCCAACUAGAGACUAUGUCAGGCGCGCACGGAGAUCGUCUUUCGCAGUUGGUGAGCGAACAAUGGAGCCCGGAAAACCUUGAGCUUGAGUACCAGAAUGUCGUAGCGGAUGUCUCAAAUAGCAUGGCGUUGGCUGAACGCAGUCGCGAUGGCAUUGGAAGAGAGCUUGAUCAGGUUGAGUUCAAGCUGAAAGAGUGCAGAACAGCGCUUGAGCAGCGGAAAAAAGAACGUGACCUAUGUGUGAAGAAAAUUCGCGAUGCAAUUGACGAUGACCCUACUGAGUACCCUGACAUCUUGCAAACAAGACAGAAUCAUAUGGACCAAACCAGGAAGGAUGUUGAGCAAUUCGCGGGCAUGCACGAAUAUUUCAACAUGUGUCUUGAAGCACUCGACCAGAAAAAAAUGUGUAGAACAUGCAUGAGGCCUUUCAAGAACGAAACCGAAAUGCGAACAUUCAAGAACAGACUAGAAGGUCUUAUCAAAAAGAACUUUUCCUCUUCAGAUGAGGACUUGAAGCAAGCCGAAGAAGAAUAUGAAAGUGCUCGAAUGGUAAAUGCCGAUUACGACACCUGGCUACGCCUAACAGAGACAGCAAUCCCUGAACUCGAAAAGAACCAGGAACAAUAUCAAGGUCAGAAGGAGGAAAUCUUGAAGAAACUGGAAAGCCACGAUACCACCGUCGACGAACGAGCGGAGAAGAAGCGAGAAAUCGAAUCUCUUUCCCGCACUGUAACGUCUAUAGUUCGUAUCGACAACGAAAUCAAAUCCCUACGUUCUCAAAUAGAAGAAGUUUCGUCUAAGCAACAGCAGGCCGACUCAUCGCGGGUCUUGGAAGACAUUCAGAAUGACAUCGCAGCAAUUGGCGAAAAGUCACGAGCAAUCAAGCUUACCAUUUCCAAGCUUUCUUCGGAGAAGGAUCAGUCUCGAGAUGACCUUAACAAGGCGGAAUUGGCGCUUAGAGACGUGCAGAGCAGCCUUGCCAAUGCUAGCCAUCAGCUUGAGAAAAAAACCGGCCUUCUCGCUCGCGUCGAAGAGUAUAAAAAGUCGAACGUAAAACAAAGAGAGUCGAUUGAGAAGGCCGAUCGUGACAUUGACGAGCUAGAGCCGGAGAUUGCUAAAGCUCAGACAAAGCUUGAUGAUAUCAGUCGACGUGCUGAAUCCAAAGAACGAGAGCUCCAACAAGCUUUGACACAUCUGUCUGACCGCGUGCAUCAACUCAACCUCGCCAAUGAUGAAAUUAAGUCGUACGUUGAUCGUGGUGGCCCAGAACAGCUGAACAAGAGCAGAAAGGAGCUAGACAAUAUCCAGCAAGAGAUCAGGAAACUGGAAGAGCAACAAGGUGAAAUCACACGCGAAAUCAACAAGAUAUCCGCCCAGCUCAAAGACAGUGACAACACUAGAAGGCAGUAUUCAGACAAUUUAUCUUAUCGUCAAUCAUGCCGACUACUAGAGGAGGUUCAAGACGAGAUACGGCAACUUGAGGAACAAAAUGCAGAAAUUGACCGGAGUCGGUUCAAGGAAGAGUCAGAGCGAUGGACACGAAAGCACAAUGCCCUUGCUGCUCAGCAAGCAAGUAAAAUGGGCGAGAUGAAGUCGAAAGAUGAUCAGCUCUUACAAUUACUUGCGGAUUGGAAUACCGAUUACAAAGAUGCGGCUGCUAACUACAAGGAAGCGCACAUCAAAGUGGAAACCACCAAGGCAGCGGUUGACGACCUUGGUCGGUAUGGAGGAGCAUUGGACAAAGCUAUCAUGAAAUACCACAGUCUCAAGAUGGAGGAGAUCAACCACAUUGUCGAGGAGCUUUGGCAACGAACCUACCGAGGUACUGACGUGGAUACCAUCUUGAUUAGAUCUGAUAACGAGAACGCCAAGGGAAACCGUUCCUACAACUACCGCGUCUGCAUGGUCAAACAAGGAGCAGAAAUGGACAUGCGUGGUCGUUGCAGUGCCGGUCAAAAGGUUCUCGCUAGUAUCAUCAUUCGUCUUGCGUUGGCCGAAUGCUUUGGCGUCAAUUGCGGCCUCAUUGCACUUGAUGAGCCAACAACAAACUUGGAUAGGGACAAUAUCCGCUCUCUGGCCGAAUCGUUGCAUGACAUUAUCAAGACUCGCCAGCAGCAAGCAAACUUUCAAUUGAUUGUCAUUACGCAUGACGAGGAGUUUCUGCAUCACAUGCAGUGUGCUGACUUUAGUGACUAUUACUAUCGGGUUUCGCGAAAUGAGCGACAGAAGUCCAUUAUUGAGAGACAGUCUAUUGCUGAGAACAAAGCCAUGGAUCAAGCACACGCUAGGGCCCUUGAAGCCCUUCAGCCCUUCAUCCAUCUAACGACAUCAUCAACAGCCUCCUCCCCUCGCUUCGUCGCCAACAUAAUCUCAAACGCAACCUCAAACCCAAACACAUACGUCUUUGCUGAGCUAUUGGAGACUCCAGCUGUGCAGGCCCUCGGCUCAACAGAUACUCCUGAAGAGUUUCGCGGUUAUUUGAAGUUGCUUGAGAUAUUCGCUUGGGGGACGUGGCAGGAGUAUCAAGAAACACCCGGCCUACCAGCUCUCAACGAUGAACAAGCUCUCAAACUCCGCCUUCUGUCCCUCCUCACCUUAUCCAGCACAAUUCGCCCCCUCACCUACCAGGCCCUGAUGCAAGCCCUCUCAAUCCCUUCCGCUGCCAAACUCGAGUCCCUCGUCACAACAGCCAUCUACUCAUCUCUCAUCGUCGCACGACUCUCGCCCGCCACAAACCCGCCCACCGUCAACGUCACAGCCGUCGCUCCACUACGCGAUGUCCGACCUCAGACUGUCUCAACUCUGAUCUCGAUCCUGUCUGAAUGGGAGGGUCGUUGCGGGGAUAUCAUCAAUGGCAUCGAAGCUGAGAUUGCGAAGAUCAAAGAUCAGACGAUCAGAAACGGCGUGACGGAUCGACAGCGUACUGAAGCUCUUGAGAAGGCUGUUAUUGCCGCUGCUGAUGCGGAUGGGGAUGAUACUGUUGCCGGUUUUCGUGGCGUUGGCAGAAACUCUAAACAUGGUCUUCGCUCUGGCAGAGGCGGUGGUGUCAGACCCAGUAGUUCCUCUGCUGCUGCGGCGGCGGCGGGUGGCAGUGGCAGUGGGAGUGGCAGUAACAGCAACAAACGCGAAUACAGCGGCGAUGAUCUAGAGGAUGAAGAUAAUGGGUAUUUCGACAAUGGGAGCGAUGGUGGGUUGGAUGUGUAUGGUGGUUCGCGCAUGGAGAUUGAUGAAGGUGCUGGUGCUGGUGCUAGUGCUGGGAGAGGGGGUGGUGCGAGCAGGCAGUCAAAGAGAUUGCUUGGUGUGGGCAGGAAGACUUGA